AAACGCAUGCUUCACAAAUUUAAGGUUAUGUUCAGUUUACUACGACAUUGAACGAUUGCUUGAACACGAUAAGCAUGUUUCAUGUUUAAUAUUGUCAAAUAUUAGAAUUGUAUGUUUAUUUAUUAUUUGUUAUCUUACAUUCAUGAGACAAUAACAAUUUGGUUAAUCCGCAAUGGAAAUUGAAACAAACAUUUUACGCUAUUCUACAAAUGGUGGUGACACCGGUGUAAAAUGCGUUGAUCAACUAUUAUCUGGUCACCUUGCGGAGAUUCUAGAUAAUUCAUUAUGGACAGAAAUAUUUUCCAGCAAAGCAAAAACCCAAAUCAAAGAAAAGUCUUUGAGUGAUAUAUUGCAAGAAUGUGUCGAUCAGUUCACAUCUAAUCCGCUACCUGAUCACAAGCAGUUGGAGGUUCUAUGUUUUGGAAUUGCAAAUCUCAUGGCUUUCAUUCAAAGUAACUGGACUGGACCAAACACGAAUGUGAAAACCUUGGAACGUCUGAGUCAGUGGUGUGAGCUGCCUAAGGAAGAGUGCAAGUCAUUAGUGGCUCAAAGCCUGAUAUUGGAUGGAGAAGGACUGUGCAUUGUAGCAGAAAAUAUCGAGCUGCUUUUGGUUGCAGCUGCCAUUUUCAGAUCAAAUCUUCCUUCAUUGAAGAGCUGCAAAUGGUGGCUGAUGCGAUGCUUGGUGAUACAUCAACAGAUUCUUGACGAGCCGUCUCAAAAGAUUCAUGAAGAGAUAAAGGACAUAGUGAAUAUCUUGAAAGAAGUUUACAAAUGUGACGAAAAGUGUGAGGAACUUGACAAAAGUGAUGUGAAGGAUCUCAGCGUUCAGCUGCAUCUUGAAAUUGCGCAUGCGUACCUUAACUAUUCACAGGUUUCAAGGUCAGAGAAGGAAAUGAAAGCUGCUUUCGAACUAAUGGAUAUGGAAGUGAGCUUUAUUGGUGCUUUGGGGAAGCGUACAUUCUUCCAGCAGAAAGAAUUGCCUCAACUCACGAUAGAUUUGAAAGUAAAGGAGAAAGAAUUAUCGAACGAAGAUGUAAAUGUGAUCGAAAAAUGCGUUAAAGAUGUUCCAUAUAACAUUCCAUUGAAUGACGAGGUUUCCAUGGAUGGUAUCCAUUUUUCAGAUCCAUCCAGCGCUAAAUUUCCUCAGUUAUCAGCUGUUCAGCAGGCUGCUCUGCUUGCCUUAUUCGUUCACCUUCAAAAGAGUCGACCCAAAGAUGAGUUGCAAAAUGAAGAACUUACUCCUUAUCUGACUUGCCUUCUUUCGCAGCCCAAGAUCUGGUCUUUCCAAACAUCAGCAUUGAGAUUGCGAUCACUGCUGGAAAAGGAAAGUUCCAGAAGGGUUGACAGAUCAUUGAAACAAUUAGAGGGUUUGAUGGAGAGCGUCCGUGCAGAAGACCCCCCCGUCAACCGGCGCCUGCAGCACGUAUUUUGCUCGUACCUGCCUCCACGUUGGGCGAUUGAGGCCGACAUCGCCAAUAUACUCAUUUCCCUGGGUGCCAUCUCAUCGGCGCUCGACGUAUUUCUACGCCUCAAGAUGUGGGAGCAAGUUGUCGCUUGCUAUAAUUAUCUCAAGCUAAGACAUAAGGCAGCAGAAGUAAUAAGACAAGAAAUGGAGAAGAAGGAGACAGUGAAAUUGUGGUGCUUGUUGGGAGACGCAACUGAUGACGUCACCUGCUACGAGAAGGCGUGGCUAAUGUCUGGUGAGAAGAGUGCACAGGCCCAGCGGCACUGGGCUCAUUAUUACUUCGAAAGGAGACAGUACGCAGAAAGCAUUCCACACAUGGAGGCUUCCCUGGCAAAUAACAGCAUUCAGUUGCAACUGUGGUUUCGACUUGGUUAUGCAGCUUUAGAAGAAAAGCAGUGGAGUCUCUGUGCCAAGGCAUAUAGGAGAUAUUGUUCUCUUGAACCGGACACAUUUGAAGCAUGGAACAAUUUGGCUACUUAUGUAAAGCUGGGACAGAAAGCGCGCGCGUUUCAAGCUUUGAAAGAAGCUGUGAGAUGUAAUUUUGAAAACUGGAUGGUGUGGGACAACCUGAUGGCAGUGAGUACGGACUGUGGUGAAUUCGAACAGGUUAUCAUUUGCUACAAUAGGAUCUUGGAUUUGAAAAAGAAACAACAUAACGAUUGUGAAGUGCUCAGAAUCCUCGUUGAUGCCAUUCAGAAGAACAUUCCAGACUGCAACGGAGUGUCUGCAAGCAGAUUGCAAGCCAAAGCUGAACAUCUUUUUAAACGACUCCGUGAGAACCAAGAUAGCACGGAAAUCUUCAAGCUGUACGCUCGAUUGUUAAGUAAGAACAGCAAAAAUAAAAAUGGAGUGAAAUGCAACAUCGGUGAUGAAACCUCGGUUGUAGAUUGCUUGAAAAAUGCUCUCAGAGUUGAACUGCAGACUAGAUGGGUUUCAUCGCCUGAGUCGUGCAUAUCAGUCAUCAAUCUGGCCCACGAAUUGACCAAUGUUUGUCUCAGCGAUUCACAUAAGGACAAUCUUCCACUGAGUAAAAAGAAAGACAAUCUAUCAUCUACUAAGUUUUCAUUGAAAGGUGUAAUAUCAAGGAUCAAGAGAGAGCACUCAGAUCUUGCCACAGGAGAAAUUGUUGAAUCACUGGCAGAGCAUACCAGCAGCUUACAGAAUCGUGUAAUAGAGAUUGAUCAACGAUUAUCAGAGAUGAAUAAAACAUGAAUUCUAUGAAAUAUUUAUUCUAUUCAUUGUUUCACUCAACGUCAACUGUUUCAAUAACAGAGCACAUAUUACAUUCUGGCUCUAGGAACAGGAAAGAGAAAAAUCAGCUGAAAUUGCACUUUUGAAUAUUUGCUUCACUGAUUCGUCCUCAAGUAGAUCACUAUCGAUCAGCUCUUUCAACAGUUUCAUAAUCUGAAAACAAACAUCAAUCUGAUGAGAACACAAUAACAGGAUGGAAGAUUCUUUCAACAUGAUUAUCUAUCUAUAAUCUAUAAGGUAAUAAAGACAAGAAUUUGCUUAUACAUGUACGGAAUAGGAAAUAAACCAAUGAAGCAUCA